AUGCGUCUACCAGAAUUGGACACCGUAAAGUUCGACGGUUCAUACGAGAAUUGGCCUGCAUUCAUUGAUUCCUACAAUUGCAACAUCGAACAGCAUCCGGACCUAUCAAAGGUCCAGAAAUUGCAACACCUCCGCAGCCGUCUCACAGGCAAGGCUGCCAAGGUGAUCGAUGCUCUCAAAAACACUACAGAGAAUUACGACACUGCAAUGGAAAUGUUGAAGAAAAAGUACGAUUGCGAGAGAAAAAUCGUUUCCAGACAUUGGUGGAUACUCCAUGAUAUUCCUACCACAACAAAGAAAACUCUUGAAGCUCUCGGGAAUCUUGUCGACACCUUCAAUCAGCACAUUCGAUCCUUGCAGAAUCUAAAACAACCAGUGGACCAAUCGGACCUGGCGUUAAUCUGUAUGAUUCAAUCAAAAAUCAGCCCAGAAAUACUCACCCAUUGGGAACUCAAGAUCAAGGAUUCCAAGCUCCCUAAAUACACCAGUCUGCUUGAAUUUCUUGAAAAUCGAUCGCAAUGUUCAGCGCCAAUUGAUUCAUCAACGAGCAACGAACGCUCAAAUCACUACAAACGCGGGAAGCAGGCAUUCCUCUCUUCAGAAAUCACUUGUACCAUCUGUAAUGAAGGCCACAAGAUCGGUAAAUGCCCAACUUUCAAGGCGCUCUCACCAGCAGAGCGCUACAAGGCCGCCAAGCAAGCAUCAUUAUGUAUCAACUGCCUGGGCGCCAACCAUGACAAACAGCAGUGCAUCUCACGUUUUGACUGUAACCAUUGCCACGAACGUCAUCACACACUUCUCCACUUCAAGGAGAAAUCUGCAGUUGGGAAUCCUGUCAGUAAGCCUCCAGUGAAGCCAGCUGCCAAGGCUCCGAUUCAACCACCGACGGAGAACUCAGCAUGA